AUGUCAGUGGUGAAGUCCAUUGAGCUGGUGGUGCCGAGGGACGUGUAUGUUUCUGGCUCAGAGGUGGACGGGCAGGUGGUCCUGAGCCUCCACAGCACACUCAUCAACCCUCUGGUGAAGGUUGAGUUAAUUGGAAGAGGCUACCUAGAGUGGACGGAAGAAGCCCAUGUGAAUAGGGAUUAUAGCCAGGACUUGAGCUGUGUUAACCGAGCUGAUUAUGUCCACAAGAAGAAAACGUUUGAUAUUGAAGGGAACUGGCUAGAUCCAGGCACCCACACCUUUAACUUCAGCUUCGUCCUGCCUCCAAGAAUCCCCUCCACCUUCACCAGUCAGGUCGGGCGCAUCUGUUACUUCCUGCAAGCCAUUUGUGCCACCCGUGAGCUCAUCCUGGCCAAGCAAAAGAAAUACUUGCAGGUGCAAGGGACCUCUGUCUGCCUCCAAGACACCAUCGAAUCUGAGUACCCUUUGGUAGUAGAAGAGGAGAAGCUCCUGCAUUACAGUUGCUGCCUCAAGAGCGCCCCCAUCACUUUACGCAUCUCUCUGUGCAAGAACAUCUUUGCGCCCGGGGACAACAUCACCUUCACCACUGAGAUCACCAACCGGACAGGCAAAUCCAUCAAGAAAGCGGUCUUCAUCCUCCAUUCAGUUGUACUAUACAAGGGCUUCAACCUGAGGGCCGAGCUGCGCACUUUGGAAGAGCGCAAUGACUUGCUGCGCUUGGAGUCACACCUUGAAGCUGGGUCCUGUGUAGACACUAAGAUCCACAGCACCCUCUUGCUGCCCAAGGUCAUGCUUGUCACCAGCUCUCACAAGUCCGAGGACAUCAUGGACGUCGGGUAUGAGCUGACGGGGACGGUCUACUUUCCCUGCAUGACCACCAUUACGGCUCGGAUUCCCAUCAUCAUACGGAGUGAAGCUGUGGAUCUCAGCGAGCAGGGCAGAGGGCAGCUUGCCCCCCAUCCUUCGUAA